GGGUCUACUUUGGGUGUGGGCCGUGCUGUAAGGCGCUGGUACGCUCAGUUCAAGACGACGGGGUAUGUCUUUCCGGAUGAAGGCACACGGCACCUUGUGUACGGUCUAGUUGACUACGUUUCGUCGUACGUCAAGCAGCAUUUUUUGUUUUACAUAAAAGAGCACCUUGCUGAGAUGAAAGCGCGGUUCCCUGAGCAACACCAAGGUCUAUUAGCUACAUGCGUUCAACGACUACGCCUGUUUCAGUUGAAUCUGUCCAGGAAGAUUCUCGAGAUGCGAGCGCGGGAAGCAGCGCUUUGGAGGUGGACCCGUACGUGGUCAAGUUGA